UCAUGUCUUAAGCUCCGCCCCCUUUCCUCACUUCCGCCUUCUAAUCUUGGGAUGUUAAAUAAAUUGAAAUUAUUUGAUUUCUAAGCACUACAAGCCGACGAAAGCGGUGAGGUUUUGUAUACAGGCAGUGUCUCGUGAAAUUCUGCACAAAGAAGAUGAUUGUGAGGAAGCUGCUGAAGACCGUUCUCAGUGUGGAACAAGCAGAGGGAGUCGGCGCUCUGGUCCGAAGGAGCAUUGGUAGGAAGGAACUAAGAAACUUGGAUCCUUUCCUGUUGCUGGAUGAGUUUAAAGUGGCCAAGCCGGCAGGUUUUCCAGACCAUCCUCACAGAGGAUUUGAGACGGUCACGUAUGUUUUGGGGGGAAUCACAGCCCAUGAGGACUUUUGCGGUCAUUCUGGACGUCUGACGACUGGAGAUUUACAAUGGAUGACAGCAGGACGGGGGGUGGUCCAUGCUGAGAUGCCUGUGUCCGAGGAGCCAGUGGUGGGACUGCAGCUGUGGGUGAACCUCCGAAAACAAGAAAAGAUGAUUGAACCAGCAUACCAGGAGCUUAAAAGCUCGGAGAUCCCCAAACGCAGCCAGGGUGGGAUCACAGUCGCCGUGAUAUCCGGAGAAGCAUUGGGAGCGAAGUCUAAGGUUUACACAAGGACACCAACCUUGUAUUUGGACUUCAAGCUGCAGGCCGGGGCCAUGCAUGUGCAGCCAGUCCCAUCUGGUUGGACCACCUUCAUUUAUACUCUCUCUGGAACUAUUCAUGUCGGCCCAGAUCAGGAGCAGCAGCCGGUGGAGUCUCAUCACACUGUGGUGUUUGGAGAUGGUGAUUGUGUCAGGUUUGAAAACAAGGGCUCUGAAGUUUCUCAUUUUGUGCUGAUUGCUGGAGAGCCGAUCAACGAGCCCGUGGUACAACAGGGUCCAUUUGUAAUGAACACUCAGGAGGAGAUCCAGCAGGCCAUUAUGGACUUCCAGAAUGGCACAAAUGGCUUUGAAAGAGCCAAAAACUGGAGGUCCAAAAUCAGAGAUUCUUCUUGAGCAAUGCAGCUCUUUAUACAGAUUGUUUCUGUCUUGCACUAUGGGGGUGGAUGGAUGUUCUCAAGAGCGUUGUAAUAUUUUAGUAAAACCAAAAAAAUUAUGCUGAUUUAGAGCUUUAAAUAUACUUAUACCUAAUCAUAAUGCUUUACAUGGUAUUUUUUUUAUGCUGUUUGUAGUUACAGAAAUACUAUAUACAAUACUUUAUUUUGGUGUUUUUAAGUGGGUACAAAAAUACAUGUAAGGUAGGUUUGAGUUGUUCUGAUUUCUUGAUUAAUUGUAAGCUGUGUUGGUCUUUUUUUUUCAGUAGGAUUUCCUCCAUCCAUCCUCCUCCACCUCUUUCCUUUUCCAUCUUUGUGGCCUUCAACCCUAAACUUUUCACUUCCAUUUUUGUCAUAAUUAUCUCGGCUGCUAGAUGGCAUCAUUAACACAAACUGUGCAAGUGCUGCAUUGAGACGUUUGUACAAACCGGCUUUAUCAUAGUGGAAGGAAAGUCUCUUAUGUUGCUAAAAAAAGAACAACACAGCAGAUGCCUCGAUAAUAUUUCUUCUUAAUCAGCACUUUAGAAAUGGAGAUUGGCACAUAUGUUGAGAUGGUGUCAUGUCCUUCUGCCAGGCACCUUCAGAGACUUAGUUUAUUUUUUUUAAAAAGAUUUUAAAUUCUGUUUGGAGAAUUUGUGGCGUAAAUUCAUCCUUGUGGAUUUGUAACUUCUGCAAGAUGGUGCUAAUUAAAGCAUGCCUUCCUGAAGGAGAGUGUUUAGUCGCUGCUACUGGGAUAUAUAGUUCCUAUUGAUUAAUUCAUCUUCACUGAAGUUACCAGAGCAACCACACAGGGAUAUUUCCCUGGUGACACUUGUUAGAUAUUUUAAUUAAAGGUUUUGCAAAAGACUUUUUCCAUGAAUAAUAAGCACUUUGUUUGCUCUCCUUUAUUUUAUUGAUUCACAUGUUCGCUCUAUGUGUACCCCAUCUUCGCUUUGAAGCAGACGUGUGUUACCUAAUGCAUACAAGUAAUAAAAGUUAAGAAGUUGUUUACAUAUUAUUAAACUCAUCAUUUUAGGACGUAAGGUUCUCCAGCAUUGUACAUUUGAAAAUGUAAAUCUUUUGAAGACUGUCUUGAUUGGACAAGUAUCGUAACAAUCAUAUUUUUCCAUCUUCUAAUAUUAUUGAAAACUACAGACUACACAGCUUACAGAUGCAAUAGAUUUUUGUUGUUGUUGGUGGUGGUGCUGCAUUUCUUGCAAAUUAAAUUCUAAACUUAAUGUGUCGUUAAGGGUUAGUGGAUAGGAUGUCUGGGAGACGGGUGUGGUGCUGGCUUCUUACUUCCCAUCAUGUUACGAUGGUCUGGAUCACAUUUAAAACACGUGUUCCUACCCUUAGUCAGGGACAUGCAAGUCUAGAGGAAAAACACUGGUGAAAGAUUUAGCAGGGAGAUGAUCUGUCAACUCGAUACAAAGAUUUGAAUAACAGAAACAAGAAUCACAAGUUAAGAUAAAUCUUGAUGCUGUAAGACCGUCUUUGUAAAUCUAGGUAGUUUUUGUUGUUACUGUAACCUUAGGGUUAUUUUCCCAUAAAAAUCAAAUCUGUCUGAAGUAGUAUAGCCAUACAGUUCUAAGUCCUGAAACUUAGACUAAUAGUAAAGAGGAUUUUUGCACUGCCUCAUUGCAGGAAACCUCAGCCUAUUUGUCAAAGCUUUAGCAGGACUGUCCUGGUUUAAAGCCCAUCUCUACAUUUGGCUUAAACACACACACACACAAGGAAGGUUAUUGUUUAAUUCUCAAGCUGCACCUUUUAUGAUGAACUCACACUUGACCAGUUGCUGUCAGGACAGCAGACUGAUAUAUGUUUAGUCCAUCUAAAUGAGUAGAACUUCUUAAUUUUACCUUCACUGCUAUGGAGUUUCCUUUGGUUUCCUCCAGAUGCUUCACUGUUUGACAUGUGAUGAAUGUGUCCUGUUUCACUUGAUUUAUUUAUUUAUUUUUUUCUAAAUGGUUUGUCUCGAAAUAAAGACUUGGAUUUAAACAAA